AUGGGGUUUACCUCAAAGCUCCUGGCACCAGCCCGACCGGAAAAGCAAAGCACGACCCAGCAACCUAUAAGUCUACAAUGGGUGCUGCAAACCCCUACACCAACGCUGCUUGAAGGUGUCGAAGCAUUCACCGGUGCCCCGGUUAUUGGGGAGACCAUACUCGACACCCGCGAAGCCCUCGACGUCAACAAACUUUGCACGACAUUACACCUUCAUCGCUACUAUAAGAAACCCAUCCACCCCAAGUGCUUCCACUGUGCUCAUCACUACGCGGAGCUCAAACAAUGGGUUUUCCCGGAAGCCAGGAUGGACGCUGCCCUGCGAAUGAAACAAGUUAUUGAACCGAACAGCAUAAACAGUGUAUGGCUCUCUCUUUCUGCAAUCAAGAACCACCCGGAAAGAGGAACAUACAUAUGGGAACCUACCAAAGUGGAAUGGAAAUUGGAGGAAACAGUAGUAGCCACGUUAGGCAUUUGCAGUAAUCACUCCGAAGAUCAGAAAAACGCACCUGACACUCAGAAGCAAACUGUUACUCACACUUUGGCAAAGGGUCGUAUUCACAGUGGCUGGAAAUCAAGCCAGGGUGCACAGGGCUUUUCGUCGACCUUGAAGUUUGAGUAUGGCCCCAUCUCAGAGGUGGCGACAAAACGCAAAACGACCUACGCAUGCGACGAGGCGAUCAAUAAUACCCUGGCUAUUUCGCACGCCCUUAUUGUGGAGAUUUCACUGUCGGCCGUAACGAUGUUGCUCGAUGAAGCUGCGGGUUCGGUGGCAUCUAACAGCUCCCGGAACAUAAGACUGCGCCGGCCAGUUGUGAUCACUGAACCCCGCAAUGAUCUGGAGAGUGUUGAUGACGCACUGCCUAGAUAUUCAAAUGAACAGCUUGAUCUUCCUGCUUAUGAAGAACCAUAG